AUGUUUUGUUUCGGUCCUGAGGACAAUUUUGGAGCAGAAAAGGGCUGUAAAGACCCGUGGACAUCAGAAUGGACCAGAGACAGCGCUGAUUGUUCCACUGUGUAUUUCUGUGUUCUGGGAAAAGUCAUCCAACAGCUUCAGUGCAAUGACAGUCGGGUUUGGUCCAACCAUGGUCACGCAUGCGUAGAACCCAUGUCCCAGUGGGAUGACUGCAAUUUUACACCGACAACUCCAAUUAUAAAUGACCCUCGCUGUGUGGACCCUAACGGCGUGAACCCUGACCCGGAUAACUGUGCCCAGUUUCUAGCCUGUACUAACCGGACUGUCGUGGCCACCAUGCAAUGUCCGGAAAAUACCCUGUUUUCGACCGCAAACAACACCUGCGAACUAAGUUUCUUGGUUGCCGAGGAAUGCAUGAACCGUGUGAUCCCGGAGGACGUUGUCGUCACCACUGCCAGUCCUGUCAUAGACGUCCCUUGCGAGGGAACAAAGAAUGGUGAUGUGGCGGAUCACACGCAUUGCGCCAGGUUUUACAAGUGCAACCACGGUCGUGUUGUGGCGCGCAUAAAAUGCCCCUCCGGAAGUGCCUUUUCCACCAUAAAAAACAAGUGUGACUGGCUGGCGUCGGUAGAGUGCGGAGAAAGACAACUCACAUAA